AUGAAACUAGCCAAGAACAUUUUAAAAUGCAACAGAAAUCUCGUUUUGAGUCAACGUUCAUUGGCAACUUCCCAAAAAACAUUAGCAGCACAAACGAUUACAGUCCGUGAAGCUAUUACAAAUGCCAUGGACGAAGAAAUUGGACGUGAUGAACGUGUAUUUUUGAUCGGCGAAGAAGUUGCUCAGUAUGAUGGAGCUUACAAAAUGUCAAAAGGCCUGUGGAAAAAGUAUGGUGAUAAACGUGUUGUUGAUACACCAAUUACUGAAAUGGGAUUUGCUGGCAUAGCUGUUGGAGCUGCAAUGGUUAAAGUUCCGAUUGUGUUUCGCGGACCAAAUGGCGCUGCGAUGGGUGUGGGGGCUCAGCAUUCUCAGGAAUAUGCGUCAUGGUAUAGUCAGUGUCCUGGACUCAAAGUUGUUUCACCAUACUCAGCGGAAGAUUGUCGAGGACUAUUAAAAGCAGCUAUCAGAGACGAUGAUCCAGUUGUAUUCUUAGAAAACGAACUUGUUUAUGGCUCACAAUUUCCUAUAUCAGAAGAAGCACUAUCUCCUGACUUCGUGUUACCAAUUGGAAAAGGAAAAAUUGAGCGAGAAGGAAAGAAUGUCACACUUGUUUCACAUUCAAAAGGUGUUCAUCUGUGUCUGGAAACUGCCAAAGAAUUAGAACAAAGUGGCAUCGAUUGCGAAGUAAUUAAUCUUCGUUCACUUCGUCCGCUCGAUGAAGACUUGAUUAAAAAUUCAGUUAAAAAAACACAUCAUCUUGUGACAGUUGAACUGGGAUGGCCACAAUGCAGUAUUGGAGCUGAAAUUAUUUCAAGGAUAUGUGAAAGUGAUGCAUUUGAUUAUCUUGACUCGGCACCAUUACGUGUGACUGGAGCAGACGUACCAUUACCAUAUGCAAAAACUCUUGAACAAAACUCGUUGCCACAAGUGGCAAAUGUGAUUAAGUCAAUCAAAAAAGUGUUAAAUAAGUAAAAGUCAAAUAUUAUCAUCUUUCUUCUUUAACAACAAUAAGAAGAAAAAAAACGUUUUGUCUGUUGUUCGGUGAGAAGAAAACAAGUAAAUAUUCCAUUCAUUUUUCCACUAGUUUAUUUUGCUCAUUUUUUGUGUCCGGUUGAAAUAGAUUGUAGACGUUUUUAACUUUCGUUUUUUUAGGAUAAAAUUAGGAGAACUUCAAUUGUAAACUAUUAUUGUUGUCUUUUUGUCUAGACGACCUCCCAUGCAAGUGUUUGACAGUGAUUAAAAGCUAAUAGAUUAAACUUGUGAUAAGCUUAUUUUUUUUUUUUAUUCUGUUUUGAACAAAAACAAAAAAGUACUUUUGGAUCUAUGGAAUAAUAAAUCGUAAUUACGCUGGUGUAUGUCGAUACGAUAUAUAGCCAUACAGAGAUGGACUUAAUGUUCGAGUUGUUAAGGAUAUACAUAUAUGAGGAUAAGUGUAUGACCAUCAAGAACAUCAAAUUCGUAUUAUCGAAAACAUGUAACUGCAACACCUGUUCAAGCACUUGGUAAAGAAAGGUGUUGUGACCAGUGUGGAAAACUUCGAUUAUAAGAACAAGCUUCAAAGUGAUAGAUCAUCUAUGGAAAACUGUCCACUAAUCUUCUUACUCCUAAACGUCAGGAAGGGUAUUGGAGGAAAUAGUCUUUCGCAGACUAGCAUCUUGUCUUACUUUAAACAACUUUUUUUCGUCGUCAAAAUAUGAAUUUUGGGGAACCAUUGACCGUAGACGUCUUGAUAUAUGCCAUCUAUGGUCAUGCCAUUAGAGACAAAAGUUACAAUGUAAAGAUCUCGGUCGGAUUCCAUGAAAGCAUUCAGCCGAUUUAGUCAUUUCUUACUUCUAACAACGUUACACACCUACAUAAAUCGUACAUUUGAUACUACUGGAAUUAUCGUACUUAGCGAUAUCUUGCAAGACUUUGUCAAAUUUUAUGGUAUCUUGAGAAAAAAAUAACAGCUGCUGAGAUAUUGUAAGAUCUA